UCUAGCACCAAUAGCAUUACAAGCAGAAGGUCACGUGGGGUGCUCCUUCUGAGCUUAGACGUUCAACGUAUCGGUCCUUAACAGUGGCAGCAGUGAAAGGUGCAUUAUGGGCCGACUUGAUGGGAAAGUAAUUGUUUUGUCAGCUGCUGCGCAGGGGAUUGGACGUGCUGCAGCAAUAGCAUUUGCAAAGGAGGGAGCUCAAGUCACAGCCACAGACCUCAAUGGAGAGAAGUUGAAAGAGCUGGACAGCAUUCCAGGGAUCAAGACCAAGGUCGUGGAUGUAACUAAGAAGGACCAAGUUGAGGCCCUGGCCAAGGAACAUGACCGUGUAGAUGUGCUGUUCAAUGUCGCUGGGUUUGUGCACCACGGCUCCAUCUUGGACUGCGAAGAGGCCGACUGGGACUUCACAAUGAACGUGAACAUCCGCAGCAUGUACCUCAUGAGCAAGGCUUUCCUACCUAAGAUGUUGGCAAAGAAGUCAGGAAACAUUAUUAACAUGGCAUCUGUUGCAUCAAGCAUAAAAGGUGUUGUGAACCGAUGUGUCUAUAGUACCUCCAAGGCUGCAGUGAUUGGACUCACCAAAUCUAUAGCGGCUGAUUUCAUUGAGCAAGGCAUUCGCUGUAAUUGUGUUUGUCCUGGCACUGUUGAUACUCCAUCACUGAGGGGUAGGAUCCAGGCCCAACCUGACCCAGAAAAGGCCUUUGAGGAUUUCAUGGCAAGACAGAAAACAGGCAGAAUGUGCACAGCUGAAGAGGUGGCGUACCUGUGCGUAUACCUGGCCUCAGAUGAGUCUGCCUAUGUGACUGGGACGGAGCAAAUCAUCGAUGGAGGAUGGAGACUCUGACAACAUUGAUGCAAGCACAUUAUGACAGUUGUGGAGAUGUCUAUUCUUAUUUGAAGCCAAAAUAAAAUGCACAAAAUCUGACUUGAUCAUUUUUUUGAUUUUGCAUAUUAAGUUUACUGAUUUUGAUUGACUGCAAAUGUGCACAAUGCCAAGAUAUUAAUGUUGACUGACAUUUUAAUAAAUUGACUAUCACAGCUAAGAAGCACAGAUGUUAUCACCUUAUUAUAAUUACAUUAAUUGUUAAAUAUUUAACAAAAAAAAAUCUGUUAAUGUGAUUAAUAAUGAAAUAUGUUUAAGCAUAUAUUAAAAAGUCUUCACCUA